CCUGCAUCAGCUCCCAUCAGCAUGUAGCAUACCUCUCCGGAGAGUAUUUAGGUGCUCUACACGCCCUUUUUAGCUUCUAUUAUCCAGCCCCGAGCUACUACCAGGUGGCCCGCCACUUCCACAAUGUCAUCCACGCCCGUCGUGCCGUUCUCGGAACCGCCGUACCUCGCCGGCCUCCCUUCCCCGUACUACAAGCCGACGCACCUGAAGUGGCAGAAGGCAUGCCGCGAAUUCGUAUCCAAACAUUUACUGGAGAAUGCGCUGGAGUGGGAUACCGCCGAAAACGUGCCGGAGCACGUCUUCGAGGAGUUCGCGAAGGCGGGCAUGCUAAUCCCAUCUUUACCCGCCCCGCUGCCAGUAGAAUGGUUGAAGCGGCUCGGUAUACAUGAACUGCUCGACGCAGUCAAGGUGGAGGAAUUCGACUAUAUCCACACGAUGAUAUACAUCGAUGAGAUGGCACGUUCAGGCCUGGCAGGGCCAUCAGGGUCCCUCACAACCGGCAUGUCCUUCGGCGUCCCUCCGAUCCUCAAAUACGGAAACAAGCAGCUGCAAGAGCGCUUCCUCCCAGAGCUCCUCACGGGCAAGAAACGAACAUGUAUCGCGAUCACCGAGCCCGCUGCCGGAUCUGACGUCGCUAACAUCACUACCACCGCUACGAAGACCCCUGACGGGAAACACUACAUAAUCAAUGGCACGAAGAAGUGGAUUACCAACGGCAUCUGGGCAGAGUACUCUUCAAUGGCGGUUCGAACCGGCGGGCCUGGCCCGACAGGCCUCUCCAUGCUCGUGGUACCGCUGAAGGGCUACCCAGGCGUCAGCAUGCGCCGGCUGAAAGUUGGUGGGCAGGUCUCAGCAGGGACAACCUUCAUUGAGCUCGACGACGUCAAGGUCCCCGUCAAGAAUCUGAUCGGUCAGGAGGGCAUGGGCAUGCGGUACAUCAUGACCAAUUUCAAUCACGAGCGACUCACCAUCGCUAUUGGCGCAACGCGACAGUCCCGCGUCGCGCUCGCAGCAGCCAUGGAAUACGUACUCAAGCGCGAGGCCUUUGGCAAGCCACUCGUAGAGCAGCCCGUUGUGAGACAUCGGCUGGCCAAAUGUGGCGCUUUGCUGGAGAGCCAAUGGGCGUGGGUCGAACAAUUCGUUUAUCAGAUGACACAGCUCCCCAAAGAGACGGCUGACAUCGAGCUGGGCGGGCUGACGGCCAUGGCGAAAGCGCAGGCUGGCAUUGUGCUGAACGAGUGUGCGCAGUGCGCCAUACUUUUGUUUGGUGGAAACGGAUAUACGAGGUCCGGUCAGGGAGAGCUCAUUGAGAGUAAGUUGCAUUUUACGGACGCCACACCCUUCCACGGCGUUCUCCAUCCUAAUUUUCUUCCCACUUUCGGUGGAAAUGGGCUCCCGGCUGACUUUCGCACCUAGGAAUCUAUCGUGAAGCGCCUGGGAUUCGAAUACCUGGGGGUAGUGAGGAUGUCAUGCUCGACCUGGGCGUGCGG